GACUUCUUUGAAAGGAUGACUAAAUCCUUUAAGAAUGAAUGGAAUGGCGCGCCCGCACGACUCAUUCCUAGUCCUACUCGUGAUACUCUUACGAAGCAAGAAAUCAAAAUGGCGUACCAACAACCAUAUGGACAACCAGGUUACGAYCAAAAUUAUCUCUGGAAUAUCUUUCAAAGAGUUGAUAAAGACAGAAGCGGCGCGAUUUCAUCUGAAGAGCUCCAACAAGCAUUAUCGAAUGGAACAUGGACUCCAUUCAACCCAGAGACUGUUCGUCUGAUGAUAGGUAUGUUUGACAGAGAUAACAAUGGAACCAUCAACUUCCAAGAGUUCUCAAGCCUGUGGAAGUACAUCACUGAUUGGCAGACAACAUUUCGCAGCUAUGACAGAGAUAAYUCUGGAAGUAUUGACAAAAAUGAAUUAAAUACAGCUUUAACAAGCUUUGGCUACAGAUUGUCAGCUAGAUUCUAUGAUAUUCUAGUCAAGAAGUUUGACAGGUCUGGAAGGGGCGUCAUCAACUUUGAUGAUUUCAUCCAGUGCUGUGUUGUGAUUCAGAUGUUGACAAAAGCUUUUCAAGGCUAUGACACCAACCGUAAUGGCUGGAUUACGAUAGGAUAUGAACAAUUCCUUUCACUAGUAUUCAGCAUUAAAACUUAGUUCUUGACAACUUACAAUAUAUUCAAAUUAGAUGUUAUCAUAAUUAAGCUAGAGUGGUUUCCAUAGACCCAUGAAACAAAGUGCAAUAGUCAAAAWGAGAUAAUUGAACAGUAGAUGGAGGGCAUUGUGCUGUGAUAGUUAGCCUUGAAAGUCCAAAAAAUAAAUAGUCAACAAAGAACGCAGUUUUGAGGAACAUCAAUUUUCGGCUAGCAACUAUCACAGCAAGAUGAUUGAGAUUUAAACUGCUCUUUUGCAUUUAUGGUUCAACAAUAAAAUUUUCUGAAGUGAAGGGCUCUCGGCACUCACAGUACACUAAAAAGGCAAGAAAAAAAGCAUACACAAUAAAAAGUAAAACAGAGUAUUAUGCUAACUUGAACUUCACAAGUUUAUGGAAACCACUCCUAUACUGCAAUCUACCUUGCUCCUUACAGCAAAGUGUGUAACACAAKUACCACAAAACUGACAAAUUAUGCUAAAUACAUUGAUAAUGGUCUACCAGUAAUUGCAACUGCAUAGUGUAAAUGGUAAAUAGUGCAAAAAGAAGCAUACUUGUUUUCUGUUUGAAUUCACAUUAAAUUUCAUAACUGCCAAAUCUCCAUGGUAAUCCAGAAGUUUCCAGAUUUUGGUCAUCAUCUCAUGGUUUUCUGGAUAAAGAACCAUAAUUUAUUUCCAGAUGUUUGUUGAAGUUGAAAUCCAUCAUCCAUUAAAGUUAAAACACUUUCAAAUCAAGGGAGAUCCCAUAGUUUAUAUCUCUACUCAGUCUGUUCACCAUAGGAAACCCAACUAGUAAACCAUCAUUAUGCAAAUUAGUAUAUUUGGGGUUUUGCAGCUCUGAUAUGUAAAACUUCAUUAUUUGAACAAAUAUGCAUAAUUAUGAUUAUCAAUUGUGUACUACUUCGUGUCAAGAUUAGGAAUUGUCAAAUACUUAAAGUAAACAUGUCUUUAAUUUAUAUUAAAAUUUAUGAAAACAUU